AUGUGUUUCGAUGUCGUAGGCGAAUAUCAGAACUCUGUUGAGUCGACAUUCACUUUCCGUUCGUUCCUUCCCAAAAUCACGCUUGCAGUUACUGUUUCGGUGAAUCCACUCAUGUUGGCUUCGGUCAUGUGCUCCCAGUUCUUAGGUACUUUCGGUAACUCAGCUCAUGUCUAUGUUUCUGAUGUGCCAGAACACAACUUCAACAUCUCAGAUAAAUUGCUUCGACCGGAAACAACGCAGCAACAUCUCGACCAGCAUGACCACCGCAAUGGAGGGGAAGCUUGCACCCGAGAGUGUAGAGUCUGGAGCAGCACAUCAAUCUUCGGACACCUCUGGGUUUGGCAUUUCUACGCACGACGUGUUCUUGCCUACCAUCGAAAGAUGCGCCAUUGCAGACACACAAACACAAACAGCACUUCUCAUACCGACAGCAGUUCUCGAACCUCCGAAGUGACUACCGACAAUAUCCUUGAGCAACAAACCUCCAAUAAAGGUAGACGUUCGACAGAGAUAGCUCUCAGCACGGUCUCCAUCACGAACAGCAAUGAUGUUGCCGCUGUCCAGCUGCUGUCCACUCCUAUGGCUUAUUGUCUCGGUGGCAAAUAUCAACAACUGCCCACCACUUCGGAUCUUGCGCCAUCCGCUUCUACCUCUGAUCCUUCUAUAGGUCUGCAAUGCCGAGUCAACUCUACGACACCUGAUAAGUUCACGCUCUUUCCCAGAAUGCCAGCAGAGUUGCGCCUUCGUGUUUGGACAGAAGCCUAUCCAGAGCCUCGAUUGAUCGAGAUUCGCGUCGAAAGAGGUGGCAUUUGGUCUGUUAGAUGCAGCACGAAAUUAUCGUCAUUGUUUGUAGUCUGUCAUGAGUCUCGGACGGAGGUGUUUAAGAGACAUCUUUCCAUAUCCCGUCACCUCCACAGUGCCGUUACUAUUCCUUUUGAUGGAGAGAAAGAUGUUCUCGUAUUUCGACGUGAUGGAUACUCCAACUGGGAAUUCCUGAGCGCCUUUUCGAACUAUCAUUCGCUUGAAAUAACCCACAGCAUCAGAAGGAUAGUCUGGGAAGAUAAGUCAUAUACCAGACGUGUAUCACCGUUUUGUCUCACAGAUUUGUUCAGGUUUAGAGACUUGAAAGGAAUCCUUAGGAUGCCUAACCUGAAAACAGUCCAGAUUGCGAAGUUCAAUGCUCGACAGGACGCCUGUGUUGUGGUAGGCUGUGUGGAGACACCGGCCAGUGAGGAAUACCAGAAAAAGAAAGCCAGGAUGAAGGCAGAUAUGGACGCCAUGUUACAAGGAUACAGACGUGACUAUGCCAGCCAAAAAUCCAAUGAUACGGCAAACAAGUCGAUUGAGGUCACAAUCGGAGAGCUUGUUCUUGCAGAUUGGAAAUCUUGA